GGUUGGACAGCCUGUGUGAUACAAUAGCAAUCACUAAAGCUCUCUCUGUCUCUCUCUCUCUCUUUAAAUAAUAUUUCUAAUUUUUUUUGCAGGGUAAAUUAAUUUGUGGCGUAAAAACGACGAAACCGUGGAUUUUUUUUUUCGUUUUGUUUUAUCCCUGCGACCUAGAAUUCUGUUUCUGCUUCCUAUUCAAAUAAAUCUCCACAGCCCCCUUGGCUUUCUGUUUGAGAAGGGAGGGGGGGCAGUCAAUAUUCCUCCCUCUUCGUGGUGAUGAGACUUUGUUUUUCCCUUUAACUGUUAGAGGAUCCGGUUGCCCUGAGGAAUGAGCCUGCUCCAAAUGAGCCUGCUCCAGAGACAAGAGAAUAAACCCUGAGAUUGGAACGAAGAGAUAACCGGGGAUAUAGGGAGAUAUAUUGACGCUGAGAGAUUGCUGGUUAUUUCAUCUUUACAGGACAUGGAAAACCAGGCAGUGGGGAACUACAAGGAGCAGCAACAGAAAAUACCAGAUUCCUUAUUAAAUGGUGAAGCAGAAGAUGUACCUCAGAAUUUUACAGAGACCCCAACAUGUAACACAGAACCUCGGCUUCAAGCUGAUCAACAGAAAAUAAGGACAGAGACAAUUGCCCCAACAUCAGUGGCACACAGUCACAGCUCCCCACCACAGACUGAUGGACUCAGUUCUGCUAUGGCAGAUAACGGUGCUACCUUUCCUUUACAUGCUACAGGGCAGAAAUCUGUUCCAGCAGAACAAAAACCUGUUUCCCCAUCUCAAACUAUAGCUCCCUGCUUUACAAUUGUAGAAGGACCUCGGUUGUCCCCUGAGGGUCAAAGUUCUUCUCCACAGACUGAAGGUAUAACACCUUUUUCUGAGGCACUUGGCUCCCCCAAACUAGAUCAAAAUAUAAAAUAUGACGGAUCAUCUCCACCGGCCGUAUCUUCUCCCAUCUCUGCAGUUAGCCCUCGACAAAAGCCAGAUACACAGAAAGCAGAGCAACGGCAGAAGCAAGCCAAGGAAAGGAGAGAAGAAAGAGCCAAGUAUUUGGCUGCCAAGAAAAGUGUGUGGCUGGAAAAAGAAGAAAAGGCCAAGCAGCUACGGGAGAAGCAGUUGCAGGAUCGAAGGAAAAAGUUGGAGGAGCAAAGGCUAAAAGCUGAGAAAAAAAGGGUGUUGCUUGAGGAACGUCAGCGGGUAAAACUUGAAAAAAACAAGGAACGCUACGAGUCUGCAGUUAACCGGAAUUCUAAGAAGACGUGGGCUGAAAUACGCCAGCAGCGUUGGUCAUGGGCCGGAGCAUUCAAUCCAAACUCUCCUGGUCAUAAAGGGGGUGCAAACAGAUGUUCAGUGUCUGCCGUGAACCUUCCCAGACAUGUUGAUUCUAUAAUCAAUAAACGUUUGUCUAAGUCAUCUGCAACCCUCUGGAACACCCCAAGUAGAAACCGAAGUCUACAGCUCAGCCCUUGGGAGAGCAGUAUUGUGGACAGACUGAUGACUCCAACACUCUCCUUCCUAGCACGGAGCCGCAGUGUAGCCACACUCCCUGGAAAUGGCAGAGAUACAAAUUCCCAUGUCUGUCCCCGUUCUGCCUCUGCAAGCCCCUUAACCCCAUGCAAUGGUCACAAGCACCGGUGUCCAGAACGCAGAAGGACUAUAGGCAGUAGCCUGGAUGUGACUCCUAAGAAAAGGAGUGAUUCAUCACCAAAAAAGAAAGAAAAGAAGGAAAAAGACAGAGAAAAUGAGCGUGAGAAAAAUGCAUUGUGUAGAGAGCGUGUACUGAAAAAGCGACAGACCUUGCCCAGUACCAAAACUCGUUUGUCAACCACUCCAUCUGAAAUAAAGAGCUUGAAGUCCAAAAACCGACCUUCCUCCCCAUCAACGCCUACACGUCGCCCAGCCUCCCCCAGCCCAGCCGCUUCAAUAUCUUUAACACCAAAACUGACCUCACCUAAAAGUACACAGGGGGCAGUCAAGAUCAAACCUAAGACAGAGAAGUCUAAGGAAGAGAAGACACCAAGCAAAAUCAAAGAGAAGAAAGAGGAACUGAAGAUAGAGAAGGAGCAGCAGUCCUCUAGUACUCCAAAAUCAGAGGAGCCCACUGAGCAAAAAGUUACUGAAUGUACAGAACAAAGCACAGAUGAUGAUGUAACCUCUGCGGCUCCUACUGCAGCCAGUCCAAAACCAGCACUCCUACCUGUCCCUGUAGUACUGGUCACUCCUUCCCCUGAGCCUGUAUUCAGCAAGCCAAUGGCGGCUGCCCCUGCUGCAGUUAUUGCCCCAUCAACAACUCCAUCUACUAGUAAGCCUGUGGUAUCUACACCUGCUGCUGCAAUUGCUUCUUCACCUGCACCAUCUCCAAGCAAGUCCAUAGCACCAACCCCUGUUGCAGUGAUUCCCCCAUCCCCAGCUCCCUCUCCUGGCAAGCCCAUGGCAGGCACUACAGACAAAGAGGAGGCUGCCCGUUUGCUGUCAGAGAAGAGACGGCAGGCACGAGAACAGAGGGAGAGAGAAGAGCAGGAGAGGAGGGAGCGGGAAGAACAGAAGAGGCGGGAGAGGGAGGAAAAAGCCCGCAAGGAAGCUGAGGAGAGGCUACAGCGAGAAGAGGAAGCCCGCCGGCUGGAGGAACAGCAAAAGGCAGAAGAACUGGAGAGGCGCCAGAACGAGGAGGAACAGCAAAGAAAAGAAGAGGAAAGAAAAGCCAAAUCAGAACAGGAAGAGAUGGAGCGUCUUCAGAAACAGAGAGAAGAAGCUGAAGCCAAAGCCAGGGAAGAAGCAGAAAAGCAGAGGCUGGAGAGGGAACAGCAUUUCCAGAAGGAGGAGCGGGAACGAUUAGAGCGUAAAAAGCGCCUGGAAGAGAUUAUGAAAAGAACUAGGAAAUCCGAUGCUACUGACAAGAAGAAAGAAGAUAAACAAGCAUUAAAUGGAAAGGAGACCAAUCUAGAAUCAAUUCCUAGCAAAGAUGAAGCCAAGUCCUCUGAAGAUAUUAUAAAGAUUGAGCAUCCAGAAAAGAAGACAAUGUGGUUACAGGACAGACUGGGCACAUCCGAGCCCUCUCAGGGGGUCACGGGAGGUAUACUGAAUGGUGUUCAGCCUCCAAAACAGGAAAAUGGAUUUUCUUCUAAGGAUUCCUCAUCUGUCUUUGAGGAGGUGAUAACACUAGCUGAAAGAAGUGGUUCUAAUGGAGAGAAGGGAAUACCACCCGCAGAUCCCAUUAUUGCGUUCAGUGGCAAAGACCCUUUCAGUAAGAAGUCCUCUGUUCAACCCCAUCAAGUUACAGAAGUUCUGUAGUUGUUACAAUUAAACUCUACUGCUGCUGACUGCAAGAUGUUUUGGAAGCCACAGAAGGUGAGCACAGAAACAGAAUGCUAACGGGGCUUGUCCCUGUUCCUUGUCCCUGCCGAGCUUGAAAUGGCAUCAGUUAUCACAAUAAAUCUGGCAUUGAAGCGCUAAAGAAAGAGACUUUCAAGACCCACUUUACGGUGCCACAGUGUAUUCACCACAGAUGAAUAAUGGACACUUAUUAGUGUUAAUAUAAUUUACAAUUUUUUGUGUUUUUCUUUUUAACAUGCACCUUAUAUUAAAGAAAAAACUGACAUGGUUUAAUUCACCGCUGAAGGAUGGUGGAAAUAAUAUUAAAAAACUAAAAAGAAUGGGAAGAAGACGAUUGAGUAUCUCAGACAUGACCGAAAAUGGUAUGAGCAAGCUUUUUGAUGUUCCUAAUUAUGUAGCUAUUUAACUACCAGAGACUGCUGGGUACAUUGCUGUAUGUGAAUUCUGUAAAUAAAACCUCACAGUGUUACAUCAA